ACACCCUUUACAAGUAGAAGCCAUUCAAUCAUUUCCUCAUUCUUGCCAAACAAGCGAGAUCUUCAAAAAAAUUAUCAAAUUCACGUUUGAAAUAACUAACGACAGUCCGUUUUGAACUUGCUUUGUGUUUUUUUAAUCAUAUAAAGGAUAGUCCGCGUGCUGUAAAAAAAAAAGUCUUCCCAGUAUGUAUCGUCAUUAAAUGCGGUCCAAUCCUAAAUCUAGUUGGCCUUUGAAUUACAACUCAGGAGAAAAACAACAGCGCGCAUUGCAAUAACCAACAUGGACGCUUCUCAGUACCCGGGGUACCCCGCAAACUACUGGUAUCCCCAGACCCAUUCCACGCCGCAUUAUGCAAAUAACUUCCCCUCAGGAACGGAGAUACAGCCCGCGUACAACCCCCAGGCAGUGCAAGGCACGUAUCCGAACGGCCACGGUGGUGUCUACAAUACAGGCCAGGGACACUAUCCCACGAGUAACUUCCACCCGUCCAACCCGUUUUACUGCGCUGACCAGAUGGCCCAGAGACCCGCUCCGGGGCCAUACCCCAACCAGGGCUGUCCUCCAGAGCAGGCUGCUGCAGGCUCCGGCCAGCCUCAUGCCCAACACCAUCACUACUCUGCUCCACACUGUCAAGGGGCGCCUGGAUAUCCCCCGGGGUCGUACGCUCACUACAACGACGGCGGCCACGCGAUGCCCCCCAACCCCCCUUACCCUGCCGGCCAGGCUCUGCACCCCCGGCCGCAGGCCGAGAGCUGGGGACACCCCAGUGGGUACGGGCCCACACCCCAGCAGUGGCCCCCGGCACAGCAGCCAGGCCAGCAGCCGGGGCCACAGCAGCAGCCACAACAGCAUCCUCAGCAUCCGCAGCAUCCUCAGCAUCCUCAGCAUCCGCAGCAUCCUCAGCAUCCGCAGCAUCCUCAGCAUCCGCAAAACCCCUACGGCAAUCCGGUCCGUCCCCAACACCCCCCAGCGUGGCCAGGGACCGGAACGGGGGCCCCACCUCCCUACCAACCAAAGGACCAAACAGCCCAAAACCCCCCACAAGCGGGACCAAAACCUCAGCCGGCUCCCAACCCCGCCGGCGGGAAGCCCAGCGAGUUCUGCUCUCCUCCCCAGUUGUACAACCGAACGGGGAGAGGAGGAGGAGGAGGAGGGCCGAGCGAGCCCAAUCCUUCACACGGUCAGCCGCCACCUUCUGUGCCGUCUCCGGCGCCGCAGCCGCCGCCGGCCGCCGCGCCCCCCCAGGGCCACGGCCUGAUCGGACCCCAGAUGCCCAAGGAAGGCCCCAACAUGGCCCGGGUGCAGCAGGUCAUGGUCCGGGUCAUGCUCCUGCAAGAGGACGUCGACGAGUUUGUGGGCAAAAAAUCUGACAAGACCUACCGCUACCUGGAGGAGCUGCUCACCAAGGAGCUGCUGGCGCUGGACUCGGUGGAGACCCAGGGGCAGGAGGCCAUCAGGCAGGCACGCCGGGAGGCCGUGCAGAGGAUCCAGGCCAUCCUGGAUCAACUAGAGAAGAAGGCGUUCUGAGACCGGAGAGGACGGGAUUCAAGAGGGUUUUGGUAUUUUACUUCUUGCUUUUCGUUUUUUUGCUAUUUUCUGCUAAUCUUCCGCAGAAGACGGUGAGGGGCUCUGGAUUAAAUCAGGCUUUCCUGAAGUCCCACAAUCAUUCCCAUUGUGCUGGAUAUGUUUUCAUAUGCUAAAUGUGUUCAGGACUUCAUCAGAACCUCAAGUUGGGAAUGGGACAGAAUUAGCUGGUGUUAAUCUGUAGACAUUGUUUUAGGGGUCAGUAAAUGAAACGACUGUACAUAUCAUAUCUGCUUGGGCCUCAUCGGGAGAAUGCUGGUGUGUUACUCUAAAACCAUCAUCAUCCUUUGAACUCGGCAUUCCUCUCUGCAAUGCAACGCUAAUGCUGGCAGAACAACAUACUGUAGUCAUUUUUCAUGAUUUGUGUUGUGCCACAUAGUGUUAUUCCGCCAUUGUCCAAGUCAUAAUCAAGGUUUAUUUUCAUACAUCACAAACCUUCCAUGCUGCUUUGGAUCUCCCACUGGUUCUUCCCUAACCCAUAUUCACUUUCACUUCUGGUGUACCUUCUCACCAAAGAAAUGUAUCCAAUACUUUUCUUGCUAUUUUUACUUGUACUCGGUCCUGCAUGCACUGUAGUAAUAUAAAAACACUGUUGAAAGGACGGUUGCAAGGUCUCGGAUCUGACAUUUGGCCCAAGGUAAUGGACGGUUAAUGAAAGCCCUCUGAAGAUUACUGUCCCCAUUACUGCAUUUUAGGACAAAGGUGGCCAAGUGCACUCUGUGAUGGUAUUGCUGUUUUUCUUUAGCUGUAGCAGGUAGUGUUGAUAAUCCAGUAAGAAAAAAGCGUGAAAGGUUUAUAAUUAUCUUAUUUUCUGGGGCUUUUGGAAAACACAAGUAUUGAGGUCUACGGGGCGAAGGAGGAGAACAGAGUUAAUCUGAGGCGAAGAGGGAAGCAUUGAGUAUGUUUUUGUAUUUUUAUGUAUCUGCGUCUGUAUAACAUAAGAACAUCAAAAGGAUGAAAUGAACAUUUCUAAAACAAACAAUAUGUAAGGUUAACUUGGGGCACGUUAUCUAGAUUAUACGUAUCCUGUUUGCUCUGUUCAUUGUUGUAUCAACGCUGGUAAUGAGGCGAGAGCCCUCCUCGGCCCGACUUCUGUUGUGCUUUUUGUUUUUAAAUCAUGCUUGUUGUAUUGAUUUGCAAAAAGAGUGCCAUAUCUGGGGGAUGAACUUCUUUUUCUAUGAUAAGAUCGCAAACCUUGCAUGUACAAAAAGAUUUUGUUUUUUUCUGUGUUAAAAUGGAACCACCCUGUUCAUAACUUGACAAAUAUUUGUAAUAUAAGAUAUGUAAAAAAUAAUCUUGAUUACGAGAGCAGGACCUUGCAUCAAUGUUGCAGAUUAAAUGCAUGUUUCCAUUAUAAAAGAUACGAUUUUUUUGCCUGACUGAUAAGUUAAUUGUCACUACUAAGACUUAAUAAUUAAAUGUCAGGAUAUUUUUAACCCGUUGUUUACUUUCACAUCCAUAUAUUCUUUCUUCACAGUUUCUAGUAUGUCGUUUACUUCAAAUCGUGUUGUGUGCAAACUCUG